AUGGAGGUCGACGUCGGCAGUCUCGCCAAUUCCUUUGAGCAGUGGGUGAACACCUUCGACAACAUCUCCCGCCCCGUCAGACACAUCUCUGACCUUUCGGACGGCAUUAUCCUGUUCGAGGUUGCCGCGGAUAUUGACUCCAAAUGGUUCAAACUCAUCCGUUCGGCGGAUAUGGGCGACAACUGGGUGCACAAGUACAACAACCUGAAGAAGCUUCACAAGCUGGUGACGCGCUAUCUGGAGGAGAAACUCGGUCAGUCGCUCGCUAAUCUCGAUCCUCCGAACCUGAAUGCGAUCGCCAAGGACGGAGACGCGCUCGAGUUGGUCAAGCUGUGCGAACUUGUGAUCGCAGUCGCGGUACAGUGCGAGAACAAUCAGUACUAUAUCCAGAAGAUCCAGCAUCUGCCACAGAAGGUGCAGCAUACACUCAUGCUUUCACUUGAGCAGCUCAUUGAAGCUCUUAACAGUGGCUCUAUGAAGGAUUCGGACACUGAGGAGAUCAGCGUCGAGCAAGAAUUGGCAGAGCUCCAUCAAGCACGCGAUGAGCUCGAGCGUGGAAACCAGAAUCUGAUGGCGGAGCUACAGAACAUGAACAGCAAAUAUGACGAAUUGUUGACUGAGAGAGAAGAUUUGAAGCAGAGGAUACGCGACUUGGAAAAGGCCUCGGCACAGGCAUCGCAGAGCGGCAAGUCGGAUUUCCUGAUGCGCACGGAGAUCGACCACCUGCGACUGGAUUUGCAAAAGAGCGAGGAACGAAGGCAGGAGCAGGAGAUUGUGAUCAACAAUCAGAUGAAAGCUAUCGCCGACCUUUCCAGAGCUGAAGCAGAGCUUAGUGCGAAGGCUGAUGAGGCGGUGCGUCUGAAGGACAAGUUGGACGAGUACAAGCACGCGAUCGACAAGCUGCAGAAGACGGAGAACGUGAUUGAAAAAUACAAGAAAAAACUGGAGGAAGGUGCAGAUUUGCGUCGUCAGAUGAAGGUUGUUGAGGACCAGAACCAGGAGCUUCUCGAACGCAAUCGUGAGAUCGAGGAGGAGUACAGGAAGGUCCUUGCGUUCAAGUCCCUCAUGGAGUCCUACAAGGAGCAAAUUCUGGCCUUGGAGACCAAGAACAGCGCAUUGGCCAAGGAAAAGAACAAGAUCGAGUACGAGGCUCGGCAGCAACAUCAGCAGCUUCAACAGGUGGAGGCCGAUCGGUUGCGUGAUAAUGAGCAAAUGCAGUUCUUGGAAGAAAAGGUACGGGAACUCGAGUUCUCUGGUGGCCAGGGCGUGCCCUUGUCGAACGACCUGCAAGAUAUGGAGACGGAUGAUAUGGAGAGCUCCAUGAUGGGUCAGCGGACUUCGCAGACAACGGAGCUCAAGCUUCAGAUCUCGAGACUGGAGCGUGAGUUGCAGACACUGAAGGAGGAAAACCAGAGUGAGGGUGGUUCCAAAGCGACGGUAUUACAGCAUCUUUUGGACGAUGCCAACCGUCUCAAGGCCAAAUACGAGGAAGAUUAUCUGGAGGAGCAUCAGGCCAAGAUUGUCCUUCAGGGAGAACUCGAUCGCAUCCGUGCUGGCAAGGGCGACGAGAGCGAGGUUGCGUUUGCGCUCCGGUCAUCGCUUAACACGUGCGAGAAGGAACUGUCGGAGACGAAGAAGACCCUGGCAGAAAUGGAGGCCAAUCUCGACCAGACUAAGAAGGAGCUGGUUGUUGUGCAGUCGGAUCUUCAUAUGGUCGGAGGGGACAAGUUGGCCGCACUCGGCGAGUGGAAGCUGAAGAACAGCAAGGAAUUAAGUGAGCUCCAGGAGGCGCAUGCGCAAUUGACCGAGAAGGCAGCGUCGCUUGAGGAGGAGAACAAGAGAUACUUGUCUCAGCUGAAUCAGGUCCUGACCGAGAAGGACGGAAUGUCAAAGAUCGAACUCGAGCAGCGGGAUAAGAUGAUCCAGCAGGAGCGCACCCAGCUCGGACAGGCCAAGGAGAGCCAUACGAAGGAGCAGCUCGAGCUGAAGAACCAGCAUCUGGAGGAACAAAUCGAGCAAAUGAAGGCCCAGGUCAGCCAAUACAGCUACAAGUUGCAGCGCGCAAGAGAGUUCAUUAUGCAGCAGGAUACGCGCAUCAAGGAGAACAGCAUGGCGAACCAGAGCGCGGAUGGCUACAGCGAGGCGGUGACGUCUCUGAAGAGUGAACUGCUUACAAAGGAGGAGGAAGUCGAGUCUCUCAAGCGUCAAAUGCGCGAGAUGCAGAUCCAGGUCCGCAGAGAGCAGCAGCUGAUGACCUCGGCAUGGCACGACCACUUGAAGAAGGGUCUUCGCGAUAACAUCUUGUCGCAGCACCAGAGGAACGCUCCCACGUCCUGGCUGGGUGUCCAGCGCCAUGUAUUUAGCUCUCAAUUGGGCGUUCGUCAUUAA